AUGGCUACGACGAAGGUCAGGAAUAAUCAAACUAAAGUCGCUGUAAGUCAAACAACUACUACAACAGUCACGGAUAGAUGCAGCGUUUGGUUCGUGAUAAUAACUGGAGUAACAAUAUUUGUAAUAGUUACAGUCGGUAUCUGUGUUAAAUUUUUAUUAGAUCCCUACGUUGCUAGUAUAAUACUUAUAUCAUUAAUAUGUUUUGAAGUAUUUAUAGGUAUAGUAGUAUUGACUAUACUAACAUGUAGAAGGAAAAAAUAUGCUACAACUUCAAAGACUGUAACUUUAAAAAAAAAUGGACAGUAUCAUAGCAUCCAACCUAGUGCCCCUCAAGAAACAUCCUGGCAAUAUUCAAACAGGGAAACAUUGCCUGCUUAA